AUUCCAGGUUACGCCUACAGGUACUUUGAUUAUCGUUGAGACUUUUUCGGAAACUGAAAAAUAUUCUUUAAUCUAGGGGAAAAUAUUCCCUCACUAAUUAAAGGAAAGGUUACAUAGCAUGCCUCAGCGGGGCUUAUCAUUACGAUGCAUUAGCAGUCAUUCUUUUAUUAGGACUCAUACAGUCCAAAGGCGUUAUCUAUCCAUUAGCAGGUGCCUUCAUACUGAAGGGAAAACUUCUCAUGACGCUUCUGAAGACUAUCAGCGGAUGCGGAACGCGAAUUUCAAUCAGAGGCAGUAUCAAACCCUGGGGAGCAUUCUUGAUCGAUUGCCUCGGGGAAUUCGAGAGCUGCUGCUUUGGUCGCCGUUCUUGUGGACACUUUUUUUUGUUUUCAAGCAGCAGCGACCGUAUUACUUUGGGACGGAGGAGUCUUUUAGUGGUCUAUCUAAGGUGUGGAGGAAGAAUGAGACAUCUUUCACCACCUUCCUUACCCUUACACCAAGUGCGCCAACAUCGAAUAUUACAACCUCCACAUCUACACGGGAUCUUCAUGAGGGAUAUCCGGUGGUGGUGGAAAAGUUCCUUGUACAUUCCCUUGUUGACAACUUAAAGGAGAAGGCGCCUAAUAAGGAGGGUUCUCCGCCCAUAGCACCCUUUUCCACUGUUAUGCGGGUAGCUCAAGAGGAUUGUAUGCAGGGCAGUAAUAAUGACGAAUUUAGUUCAAAAUGUGCUUCUGUACAGGGGAUACUGCUUUCGAAAGAAGACAAGCCUGGGGGAGUUUUUUCGCGCAGGAAAUGUGGGGAGGAUCUGAAGGAGAAAAAUGGUGAAUUUUCAGUGGAAGAUAACGUUUGGGGAAGAACAUUAUAUGUGCUGCGAGAUUCACUAACCGGUUGCGUACUGGGGUACACACUACAUCCAUGAGAUUUUAAUAUUCGCUUUCCCUACAUGUCUGUUAUGCGGUGCUAAGCGGUAAAA